GGGACCGCUCCGCAGCGCGCCACGGGCACCACUCGUGUCUAGGGAGACUGGGGCAGGCCCCGAGCGGCAACCCCCCUGCAGAAGCCUGGCGCUGGGCUCGAUCCUCCGACUCCCUCCCCUGGAGUCUGAGCCCAGGUGGCUCUGGCGGGAGAGGAUUCCAGCCGUUUGCUGCCCCCUAGCGUUGGACAGGGGCCUCUCUCCUGCCUCGGUAAACGCUGAGCGUCGACUCGGUGCAGCUGCAGCAGGGGGUAGCGCGGUAUAUAUUUAGCGGUGUGGUUGCCUCUUUCUUUAAAAAUGCCCCGGAGUGGCUCCUUCCCCCAGCGCUUGCCCUGCAGAGAAGGAGUUUUUUGCAUCCUCCUGGCGUGGAGCUGGACCGGAUCCUCGUGGAUGUCAGGCUCUGGGAUCCCUUUUCUUUCCAAAGUAACAACUCCCUCCUCUUCCUCCUGCUCCUCCAGCAUCCCCCCCUCCCCGAUCAGCAAGGGAAUGCAACAGAAGCGUUAGGAGGAGUUUGGAGAACUGAGGUUGCCACCACCCCGGGAAGCGAGGCACAGAGCUCGCUCUCUCGCUCUCUCUCAGCCGUGCCACCAAUUGAAUGCAAAGUUUGAGCAUCCGAGGAGCUGGUACUUUCCGCCCCUCCCUCCGCCUUAGAGCUGGGUUUUCCUUUCUGCCUCCUGGACUGGGAAGGGAGGGGAGGAUGGACGUGAAAUUUACAAGCGCUCUCUUGUUGCAUCCGUCCGGCCAACUCCUGCAUCCUCAACCGAGGCAUCUUCUCGGAUGAAGGCGAGCCAAGGGUACCCCAUGCUCUUCCUUUCCUUUUGCUCCCCCCAUCGCUUCCCGGGAGAUUUGCCCGUCUGGGGUGGGCUGGAAAGCUGAGACACAACCUCCCGGCUGGGGACUUGACUGGGGGUGAGUGGGGGAGGAAGAAACUCUUUGCGGUGCAAGGGAGGGCGGCGGGGGAACAUCCCCGGCGUCCCUUUCACAGUGGAGCCAUCCUCCAUGGAGACCGGACCCUUUUAAAAUGACUUUCCCUGAUCUGAUCAAUGCCAGCUUGAAUGGGAACCGGACGGGACAGGGCAGCGCUAACCGGUCCUGGAGGGAGUGGGGGCUGCCGGGGGAGGACGCGGAGACCAAUGGCACCUCCCUGCCUUUGGCCCUGGAUCUCCAGGCGGUGGGCGUGGGGGUCUUCCUGGCCCUCUUCAUCCUUUCGGCCAUCGUGGGCAACAUCCUGGUCAUCCUCUCGGUGGCCUGCAACCGGCACCUGCAGACGGUCACCAACUACUUCAUCGUCAACCUGGCCAUCGCGGACCUGCUACUCAGUACCACCGUGCUGCCCUUCUCGGCCACCCUGGAGGUGCUGGGCUCGUGGGCUUUCGGGCGCAUCUUCUGCGACAUCUGGGCGGCGGUGGAUGUCCUGUGCUGCUCCGCCUCCAUUAUGAGCCUGUGCAUCAUCUCGGUGGACAGGUACAUCGGGGUCAAGUACUCCCUCAAGUACCCCACCAUCAUGACCGAGAAGAAGGCGGUGGUCAUCCUCGGGGUGGUCUGGCUCUCCUCCAUGGUCAUUUCCAUCGGGCCCCUGCUGGGAUGGAAGGAGCCGCCUCCCCCGGACGAGAGCAUCUGCAGCAUCACCGAGGAGCCGGGCUAUGCCCUCUUCUCCUCCCUCUUCUCCUUCUACCUGCCCCUCAUGGUCAUCCUGGUGAUGUACUUCAGGAUCUACGUGGUGGCCCGGCGGACCACCAAGAGCCUGGAGGCGGGGGUCAAGAAGGAGAGGGGCAAGUCCAUGGAAGUGGUGUUGCGGAUCCACUGUCGCAGCGUGGUGGAGGACUCGCUCUCCAGCGCCCGGAGCAAAGGGCACAACUUCAGGAGCUCGCUUUCCGUGCGCCUCCUGAAGUUCUCCCGGGAGAAGAAAGCGGCCAAGACCCUGGCCAUCGUCGUGGGGGUUUUCAUUCUCUGCUGGUUCCCUUUCUUUUUCGUCCUGCCUUUCGGUUCCUUCUUUCCUUCCCUGAAGCCCUCCGACAUGGUCUUCAAGAUCAUCUUCUGGCUGGGGUACUUCAACAGCUGCGUGAACCCCAUCAUCUACCCCUGCUCCAGCAAAGAGUUCAAGAGAGCUUUCAUCAGGCUGCUCAAGUGUCAGUGCCGCCGGCGCCGCCGGCCCAUCUGGAGGGUGUACGACAACCACUGGCGCGCCACCUCCAUGAGCAGCUCGGGGCGGGAUUCCGACAUGGACAUGGGGCCCAGAAUCGCCACCCUCAACAGCUCUUUCAUAUUGAACUCCACCCCUCAGGAAAGAACCCCUAAGAGGCGAACGCUAAGCUUCAAAGGGUGGAAAAUGGUCACUGCUUUCCAAAAACCAUCCUCCACCCAACUGAAAGAAAAGAUGAACAGCCUCUCCAACAAAAUAAGGGGCUCCAGCAAAGGGGGCAUGACCGCAGCUUAUAAAAUGGAGGUGGAGUCCGUUUCCUUAGGGAUCCCUAAUGACUUCAUGGAGGCUAUUGACUACCAAAUGUACGAUUUACCAGACUGCUGCGGGCUCAGAGAAACGGAUAUUUAAAGCCCAGGGACAACCAUUUGUUUGUUUUUAAAUGUGCAUUACAUGUGGGUAGAGGGGACGAAAACGGGAUGCAAUCAAUACGUUUGUCAGGCAGGCUGGAAAAAGCGAUCGGGUGUCAAAUGAGCCACCGGCAGGUCCUGUGAUCACCGCCCACUAAGGUUACAGGAAUAAGGGUUUAGUAUAAGGGCAAUACUAGUGCUCUAAUGGGAUGCCAGAGUCUGAUCCGCUGUAUUGCCAGGUGAAGGAAGCAGUGGGACUGUGGGGUCUAGGGAAACGAUCUGUUUCGUCUGCUGGGGUGAUGGUGUUUCACAGCUGCUGUGCAAUUCAUGGGAAACUAGAAUGCAUCCUUCGCGAUUACAAAAAAACGGAAAGGUCAACACCAUGAAAGCCCCAAAGCUGGCUGUAAUUCUCCUGUCUUAGUGCAUGUGACCACGUCUCCUUCCAGAGGCUGUUCCCAGCCAGGAUUCAGCGGCUGCUUAGCGACAGCUGACAGAGCUGUUCUGUUAGCUCACGGGUAAGGGCUUAUGGUGAAGGGCCCAGGGUUUGAUUCCUGCUGUCGACUCUGGGGUCUCUGAUAUAUCUGGCCACAGGUUACUACAUAUGCGUAAGAUGGGUUUAUGCCUGAACAGUCCUCCUCACUUACACACUGAAGCAAAGGGAAGUGCGGGUCCUUUUUCUAAUCCAAAUCUGAGCUACACUUCUCAUUUUACUUUGAGUUUGAAAAGCGCCCUGAGCCUCGCACAGCACCUACUGCCAGCACCAUCGCUAGCACAUAUUGCUCUGGGUCAGCAGUGAGGAAACACUGCCGGACAUGCUUUUGGAUAUGGGACAUAUCUGGCUCUUCGCCACCACCUCUUCUUCUCUCUCUCUCAAACUAUAGGAGAGAAAUGGUGGCAGCGAAGUUCAGCUCAAGACUCAAACUUCCCCAUAGUUUGGGAUGGAGGUUUCCAUGUAGGCCCAUCUCUGAGGUUAGUGUGUCGGCGCUAAAGUCAAACAUCUCUCCAUAGAGGUUGCCGUUCCCCCUUGUAAUGCAUCAGGGUUCUUGAGCUGAGGCAGUCCAGGAUGAUAGUCAGCGCUCUUGUGCCCUUCUGAUACAAUUCCUUGCCGAGCCGGCGGCGCUACCCAAGCUGAAACAAUCACUGGCCCUCAGUAAUCGUCGGUUUUGUUUGCUCUUGCUGUGGCCAAAAAGGGUAGCAAUGAUUUUUUCCCCCCACCAUGCACAGAUCCAGAUUGAACCCACGUCCAAGAGGAUGUAGUGGCCUUCAGUGCCCUAGACUAUGUGGAGAAAGAAGAUGUGUGACCCCCCCAAAAGGGCAACAUCAGUAGCACCAACAGAGUAUGACCAAGCACAGUGUUGUGUGUUAUGCUUUGUUGUAUAUUUGCACUCAGCCAAUGAGUUGGUCAGGCCACACCCCGCUGUGUAUUUCAUGUGUCUAUUUUGUUGCAUUUGGGGCAGCUGAUAAGCCCAGUAUGCUCCACAAAGAAUGUGUGUUAAUCUUAGAAAUAGACUCAGCCCACAAUCCCUGAAUUCAGAUACCCUGGGGACUUGGGCAGAACGUGGAUCUGAGUCUAAACGUCUUCUCUCAGGUCUGUUCUCUGGUGCCAAUAAAAAUAUGGGAAAACAUGCUCCAUAGUGGAGACAUGCUGUCAAAUCCAUCCCAGGUGUAAUCCCACCCAGGUCAGUGCAGUCCCACCUGGAGCAAAUUUGGCCCAUUAAGACUAACAUGGCUUUCAUUACUGGGGCCUGACGUAUGUUUACCCAGCCGCUCUGACUAAGAUUUUGCAAGAAGCGAAACCGAGCUGCCAGGCUCACAGUGUUAGGAAAACCGGGUGUUAUGGUUUGUCCUCCUUUCUCUUUGUUUUCAAAUGGAAAGUCAAUAUACAACAUGUAAAAAAAAGAAAGAAAGAAACUAAUCUAUUGGAGGCCGUGUAUGAAGCGCGUAGUAGCUGAACUCUGCAAUACCCUUGUCAAGCUGACACUGAACUAAAUGAAUUAUUGCACAAGCAAGUCUGGUGUGUGUCAAACUAUGUCCCUGCAGGAAGCCAACAAUAUCAAGCAGCACCAGCCAAUGGUGCACUCGCUGUGAACCACGUCUGGUUCAUUACGGUGUGUGUGCAAAGAUUGCUAAUGGGCUUGCCAAAGAGCGCUCAGAAAUCCCAGUCGGCCCAGUCCUGCCAAAAUUCCCCAGGGGAACCCAGUUGGGCCGUCUCAGUGGGAAAAGCGUAUUUCUUUUCGGGUUUGUAGGAGCCCUGCGGUGACCAUAAAUAAAGGCAGAGCUGAGAAUAACCAAACAGCCCUUUAGCAGUGUACGAACAGUGCCUGCAAAUGGUUAACAUACAAAGCUUGACACAGGGCCUAACCCUGGCCCCUCCAAAUUCCCACUGCGGUUGAUGGGCGCUUUUCAAUUCGCAGUUAUUGUUUAUUUACCGCUAAUUGUUUGGGGCCUAAUCCCCCGGCCAUUCAAGUCAGUGGAAAGACUUCCGAUGAGUAGGAGCAUUGUGUAGCCACGCCCGGGACAGCACAGCCAUGCAAAGACUGGAGCCAAGGAGCUUGCAGCUUAAAGGCACCGUUGGGUGCAUAGCACUAUGAGACAGCACCAGGCAGGCAAAGCCAGAGCUGUGUGUGGUCACUGGCGCUGGAAUCCAGCCCAGAGCAGAUGCUUGUCAGGAGCUCUGGAAGGAGAAGAAUCCAUUCACCCUGCCCUUCUCCCCCGACUCCAGACACAUGUGCAUGUAUUCCAUUGGUGCUAAGGGGAGAUCUGCACUGACAAUGGGACUAAUCCAUUGGACAGCUAAGGUGUUGUAUGGAAGCAGCUACCUCGUCUAGAUCUGCUGUAUGCAGAGGAAAGAAAGCACCAGGGGCAAAAGGUGCUUAUAAUCAUGUGCCCACAUUAGUAGCUGUGGUAAUUUGCGGACAUUUAGCCAGCUAAAUACCUGACCUCCAGGUGCAAUCAGGCUGUGAGUUGUACAAGUGAUGUUAAUUGCACCCACCAAAAUGGAGGCCUAGUUAAGGGCAGGAUGGAAAUUUGAUCUUAAAUGGGAAUUUCAUAUAAUAUUAAUGGAUUUAUGCGGGUAACUUCCCAUACAGUGAGAUGAGAAUCCAUCCAUCCAUCCGUGUGUCUAUGUGUGUGUAGAUUUAUAUGCUGCAUAUAGAUACACACACCCAUAUAUAUAAAUAUAUAUAUACCAACAUACUGUCAUUUCCCGAAUCACAGACAUUUUCUCAUAAACUGAAGAUUUUCCAGGGCUGUCUAGCCAUUCCUGGCAAGCAUUUUAUCAAAUAUUCCUCCCAAGUUGCUGAGGCUGUUGCUAACACUUCUGCUUGACCUUUUAAAUUAGCUUCUUCUGUUUCAUUAUUAUGAUUUCAUAUACCUGAAUUUAUGACCUCUGAUCACUUGAAAGCAUUCAGCAAAGCAGUGCCUAAUUGUUGGGUGUUUCACCGUUUCUCCCUCCGGGUUCUAGUCAGAGCCGCAGGGGAACGGAGGAGAUAAAAGUAGGCUUAAACAAGCAAACAAACCCCACACAUCUCCUUUGUUUUGUUAAUUACAGCUGUCCUGGUGUUUGAAUUAAGACAGCUGGAGAUGCAUAGAGCAUAAAGUAGAAUUAUGUGGGGGCAUUCACUAUAAAGUCGUUUGAUAAUACCUGCCACUUGCUGUAGCCAAGUGCAUUUAGGCAACACUUUUGUUCUUCAUUUAAACCAGGAAUGCAAGUUCCCCCUAACAGGGAUGGCUUAGUUUUGUGCAGAGAGACUGAAUCCAUCAGAGGAAAGGAUUCCAACGCUGGCUGCUGUGCAAUACUUUUACAGUGUCUUGCCAAAUUCUGCCCUUCUGUCAACCGAUUCUGAGAUCAAUCUGGGGAUUAACUAAGCACAUAUGGAAGCUAUAACACCAUUCAGGACAGGCUGGGACAUCAUAAACUGUAGCUGCCCAUGUUCGGGUGAUUCUAGGGUGACCAGAUGUCCCAAUUUUAUAGGGACAGUCCUGAUAUUUGGGGUUUUUUCUUAUAUAGGUUUCCAUUACCCCCACCCCCUGUCCCGAUUUUUCACACUUGCUGUCUGGUCACCCUAGGUGAUUCAGUUCUAUCUUCCCGGUCAGUCUGGAGACCAAACCUUAGCAUUGGUUAAAUAUGAAUUACAGAAAAAUUUAACUUAUUUGAGGGAUUUUGUUUGACUAUUUGAGAUCAAUAGAAAAUAAGCAUUUCUAAAACAAAAAAGCCCGCUCCUCUGCUGGUACAAAUUAACUUCACUUCCUUGAAGUUGGAGUUCAUUGGCGCUACGCUGAUUUAUACUUACUGGGAGUCUGAUUUAGAUCUCGAUUACACUGAUGUAAAUCUAGAGUCACUCCAGUGAAUUCAGUGGAAUUACAUUAGAGGGACACCAGAACAGAAUCAGGGUCAUACACUAGCCUUAUCUCUUCACACAAAGCUCCCGUUAAUAUUAACAUGCAGGAUAUCAGUGGGUCAGAAUAUGGGCUGGAGUGUUUCCUAUAGAUAGUUAGAGUCCAAAAUUCCUCUCGAGACCAUCCCAGUCUAUCAAGGGAACCAAUAUCUUGGCUCAUAUAAAUAAUUAUUAUGAGGAGUGAAAAAACACUAAUGUGGAAAUUUGGAAAGAUGCAGGUUUUUUACCUGAUUGGAUAAUGACUUUGAUAAACACUUUAUAAAUGACCUUUUCCUGUGACUGAGUUAAUUGCAACGUGGAAUGACAUAUAUUUUGGUACAAGCACUCAUUUUGAAAAUGCAUCUUAUUUACAUAAUUGAUCAUAAUAGCUCCUUAAGAAGGGUUAUGACGUAUCCAGUUAAAAAAAAAUAAAACCCAACACAGGUUUAGUCCCACAUCAGAAAGUAGAUAUUUUACCCAAUAAACUAUAGGGGUCCAUAUGAUAUAAUCUGUAAAUCCUGUAUUUACAAACUAUUGAACCAAUAUACAAUUGAAUUAAUGCAGCAGUCACAUGUAUCAAAUUCACAUUCAGUAAAAAACCCAUGGAAACCCAUGGAAUAUUUAAUUAGCAUAAGGUUCAUGCAGUCUGGUCUCCAUGUUGUGGCCAACACCUGAUGUUGAAAAGGAAGGAGAAAAUAACCCCUUAUGCAUGUACCCAAGUGUGCAACAAUGUCCAUCAGAAAAAAAGUUCCUUCCUGACCCCUGCAGGGAAUUAUGCCCUGAAGCAUGAGAGCUGAUCAUCAUUAUCCAAACUAGAGAUGGGCCUGAGCUGUAACAUUUAGCUCUGAAUGCAGUUUAAAAAAACAACACUUCCUCCAAAUUUGAACACCCCCUGUGUUAGGACACAGAGGUUUUUGAUUCAGACCCAGCUUAAGUUUUUCAAACAGCACUGUAAAAAUCAGUUGGUAAAGCCUAAGGCCACCAGCUCCCAACCCCUUGCACUAAGAUCAGAGGAAAGUGUUGUUAGGCUCUUGGAUUAAGAGGAGCAUAUGGCUCGGGCCUAACCUUCUCCUGCACAAAAUAUCCCACUGCAGAAAAGUCUUCAUACACUCUCCACUGAAAAACUCUCUGACCUUGUUCCUUUUCAUGCUGUGCAUAAUAGGGACCCCAUUCUCCCUGCCCUAGGGGAACAGUGACUCCACCAUGUGAAAUUCACAUGGUUUCUCUCUCUUUCUGUCAAGGAGACACAGAAUUUGUUUCUCCUUCCCGCCCCCCACACCCACAUAAGGAGCCAAACACAAGGAACAGCAGACUCAGCUCCUGCUCUUGCCCACCCCCCCACCCCCCCGGCCCAAAGCACUCAGAUUCUAACUAUGGUGAUGGGGGCCAUAUAAAUACCUAGAUGGCUAGAACCCUGCAGAUCUUGUGAUCUUCCAAAGGCAAGUGGCUUCCUUGCAAAAUGGACCCUUGCUUUUCAUUACCAGCUGCCCUCCAUCUCCAUCUUCUUGCAGCCCCUGGAACUCCAUCGGCGUGCCCUCACCCCCCAACCAUAAUCCACCAGCACUGGCUUCCUUCCUCUCAUGUUGAACUGAAAUCCUGAACUGUGUCCUAUCAGGCUAUGAUUGGCCAUUCCCAAGCAUUCACCAGAAGAAAGUUUUUCAGAGUAGGCAGUUUGCAGGGAGAGAGGGACAUCUAGAUAGGGUGUCUAUAGCCAGCGCAUUGCCCUGUGAUCCCGUCACCAAUGGAAACCAGCAGGGGCCCUCCAAAGAGCAGAACGUUUGGAGGAGACCUUUCCUCAUUCAGUUUUCCUUUACCAGUGUGAGGAAAUGGGUCAGAUACUUAGCUGAUGCCCACGUCACAGCUCCAUUGACUUCAGUGGAGCCAGGCUGGACCCAGGUGAAGUUCUGUCUCAACAUCUCCAAACCUUCCAAGUGGUUAAUCAUUGGGCCAUUUCAUAAAGCGCGUGCAUCACUGGUGUCCAAGAGCUCUCACUUCAUUCUGCUGGCUUUCUGGGGUCACUUUUAGCAUUUGUUAUAUUUUGUUGCUUCAAUGAACUAAUGCUAAGACUGGUUGGCCGCAGCACGUGUGUCAACAGAACCUCCCAGCUUCCAUUCCUGGAGGGCAGAAGGUUUUAUCUGCCAUUAAGCUGAACUGAAGUUUGGUUACAUUUCUAUUGUUUACAGUGUGUAUAUAAGUGUACAUUUCCUUUACCAACAGCUGGAUUUUUUUUUAAUGUAUAGAUUUUUAUUUUUCAUCCUCAGAUGUAUUUAUUAGUCAAAGUAUUUCUGUUCCGUGAUUCGAGGUACGUUGGAUUGAUGUAAAGUCUACAAAACUGAAUGCACAUAUUUUGGUUUGUACCAAAUACACACACAAUGCUGUAUAAAAGGUGCAGUAUUAUUGUUAAGGUGCAGUAUUGUUGCUUUAUAUAAUUUUUGAAAUAUGGGAGGGAGGGUUGUGAUAAAGCGCACAUUUUUAAUUCAUGUAUUUUCACCCACAUAUAAAUGGUCUAAAAAGAUUAUAAAAGUUUGACCAGCUGGUAUGUACGAUGGGAGUUUGAAAAGAAGCCAUUUCUUCCUGAAAUGAUCUAAACUCAGGAAUUCCCAGGCUGGGGAUCACAAACAGUGUCAGGGGGCAUGACAACCUCGUUCUUCCCACAUUGCUGAAUGGGGGAGGGCAUGUUCUGGAGGGAGCGUGUGUCCUGGGGUGGGGUGGGGGCUCUGGUAUGGAAAAGGGGACCCUAGUAUCAUAAACAUUAAAAACUAGGUCUGGUGGGAAAAUUUUCCAUUGAAACUGUUGUUUGAUGGAAAAUUGGGGGAAGGGGUUAAUGAUUUUUUUCUGAAAAAUGUCUGCUUUCCUUGGCAAUUUUCAAUUUUUUGUUGAAAAUGUACGAAAACUGAAAUAGUUCCAUUGUGAAGUGCUUCACGGGGCUUGUCACUUGAGUAUCUCCCAUUC